GGCGGGUGGAGAGAGGCUCGCGUUCAAAGUCUUUUUGACUCUACCCGCUCUCCGUAGCUACUUAGCCCGCUUGAGUUUCAAUGCGCGUUGUUGUUUGACGAAGGGAGUCCUAUACACCGCCUGCUGCUCUCCUGAUUAUGGCUUCUCCGAGUUCCUUCACCUACUAUUGCCCUCCAUCUUCCGCCCCUAUCUGGUCAGAGCCGCUGUACAGUCUGAGGCCCGAGCACGCGCGGGAGCGGUUGCAGGACGACUCGGUGGAAACAGUCACGUCCAUAGAACAGGCAAAAGUAGAAGAAAAGAUCCAAGACGUCUUCAGUUCUUACAAGUUCAACCACCUUGUACCAAGGCUGAUUUUGCAGAGGGAGAAGCACUUCCAUUAUCUGAAAAGAGGGCUUCGACAGCUGACAGACGCCUAUGAGUGUUUGGAUGCCAGCCGCCCGUGGCUCUGCUACUGGAUCCUCCACAGCUUGGAACUGCUAGAUGAACCCGUCCCCCAGAUGGUGGCCGCAGACGUGUGUCAGUUCCUGGAGCUGUGUCAAAGUCCAGAAGGUGGCUUUGGAGGGGGUCCUGGCCAGUACCCACAUCUUGCACCCACGUAUGCAGCAGUCAAUGCGCUCUGCAUCAUUGGUACUGAGGAGGCCUAUGACGUCAUUAACAGAGAGAAGCUUCUUCAGUAUUUGUACUCACUGAAGCAACCCGAUGGCUCUUUUCUCAUGCAUGUUGGAGGUGAGGUGGAUGUGAGAAGUGCAUACUGUGCCGCCUCCGUAGCUUCUCUGACCAACAUCAUCACUCCAGACCUCUUUGAGGGCACUGCCGAAUGGAUAGCAAGGUGUCAGAAUUGGGAAGGUGGAAUUGGUGGGGUGCCGGGGAUGGAAGCCCACGGUGGCUAUACUUUCUGUGGCCUGGCUGCACUGGUCAUCCUCAAGAAGGAACGUUCCUUGAACUUGAAGAGCUUAUUGCAAUGGGUGACCAGCCGGCAGAUGCGCUUCGAAGGUGGCUUUCAGGGCCGCUGCAACAAGCUGGUGGAUGGCUGCUACUCCUUCUGGCAGGCGGGGCUCCUGCCCUUGCUGCACCGCGCACUGCAUGCUCAAGGCGACCCUGCUCUCAGCAUGAGCCACUGGAUGUUUCAUCAGCAGGCCCUGCAGGAGUACAUCCUUAUGUGCUGCCAGUGCCCCGCCGGGGGGCUUCUGGAUAAACCUGGCAAGUCUCGGGACUUCUACCACACCUGCUACUGCCUGAGUGGCCUGUCCAUAGCCCAGCACUUCGGCAGUGGGGCCAUGGUGCACGAUGUGGUCCUGGGUGUGCCGGAAAAUGCUCUGGUGCAUUUAACUGCUUCAAGGCUGUGCACAUUCCCAAGGACCACCGGGGCGAUUAACUGGCAUCUGCCCUUCUCUUUGCAGCACCCCACUCACCCUGUGUACAAUAUUGGACCAGAUAAGGUGAUCCAGGCCACCAUGCACUUUCUGCAGAAGCCAGUCCCAGGCUUUGAAGAGCACGAGGCUGAGGCACCAGCAGAGACCGCCAGCACCUAGAAGACAAGGGUCCGUGGCUCUGUGCUCACCCACCUCCCCGGUCAGACCAAGGUGUAUACAUUUCGAUACCUACUGCACUCUGUGCUGCACAAGCCUUGGCCACUAUGGAGCUGUGGUCCUUUGUCCUUUCUUGUCAAACAAAACAAAACUGAUGUCUCUGGGUUUGGAGAACAUAGUGGCGUGGUUUUUUAAAAAUUCUUUCCACUUCUGUCAAACCAAAAAUCUGUCAGCCCGCGCGGCACCUGAACCCAGCUCUGGCCCGGCCAGGGUUGCUGGGGAACAGUGCAUGCUGGGCAGAAGCAGCCCCUCGCCGCCAGCUCUCCGGCCCGGGCAGUCGUAUUGAAAUGAGUGGUGUCUAUAAGUUACUGCUGCGACUCCCGCUUGCACGCCACCCUCAAGUCGCCAGGAAGGUGCCCUCGCAUGGGUGAAAAUAAGUCUGCUCUGUGCCAAGGGGGAGGGGGGGCUUUGGUCCCAUCAAAAUGAAUUCUGUAGAAAAAAUCAUGGUGGGACUUCACUAGGAGCUGCCCAAGGCUGUCACCUCCCACCACGGUCAUUUGCAAGGGAAAGGAGCUGGGGGAGGGGGAGAAAGGUCUUGGGUUGUGAGCUCCUCCCCCUCCGCAUCCGAGAACUGAGCCACACCUCUCCCCAGGGCCCCGAUGGGUGUGCCAGCGGAGUUGCUUCACCCACCCGGUGUGGUGACUUCGACCCAGGAAGCCAAUUACGAGUGGCAAAUGAACCUCUAGUUCAGUUCUGCGCCCGAGGAAGCAGCCCCAGUGCCCACCGCUCCCCGACCCCAUCAUGUACCGUGAAAAAACCCCUCUAGUGUCUGCAAUGCAGCACUGGCGGCCUGUGGCCAUUCUGCGUGUUUCCACCUCCCGUCGGACUCCCGGCCCCCUCAAAGGUAGUGUUGUCUUCUCUCAUCCCAAGUACUAACGCUACUAAGUCUUUCACCUUAAUUUGACUCAGGAUUUAUUCACGUCCUGCCCACUCUAGGCUCACAGAAAUAAAAUCAAGUGCUAGAUAGGCUGGGGGCCGCCCAGUGUGCUCAGACUGUCGGGGCCUCAGCUGCACGCAGGGACCCCUUUUUGGUCAAUGGGGGGUUGAGUCGGGCCACCUGUCCGCGUGGCUGACCUGGCCUUCACGUAAGCAGCCAACAGGAGCGCAGAGAUGCAGCAGAGGCUCUUCUCCAAAACUCUGCCCUUCGCAGCCUCUAAUUCCCUAUUGCUUUGGUGGAUGGGGCUAUGUAUUACCUCCUUGAAAUAAAAAAGAAUA